UACAGGAUGAGCCCAGUUGGGGCCGUUUGGAGUGAGUCCUCUUUAUAAUAAACAAUCUUUGAUAGAACACGCAGGUGCGCAUCCCUCAGCAGGUGCGCUCAUGUCGUCACUGCCUAGUAACGAGUGCCAGGAAGAAAAAGAUUUCCUAACUUAGUUACCAUGGUCGCUCAGUCACGGUGGAGCUCGUUUUAAACGCGAUUUUAGCUGUUUGCAAAGUUUUAAGAUUACUUUAAGCAAAGGACGUUGUGUUUUAGAAGUUAAGGAGGAAAAGUUGAGUCGGAAAAUGGGUAAAAAACAGGAGACAAAUCCGGACUCCGAGUAUGGGGAACCUGCUCAGUUUGACCCAACAUUCAAAGGACCCAUAAAAAAAAGAGGGUGCACUGAUAUAAUCUGCUGUAUCCUGUUUAUGGCAGUCAUCCUUGGCUACAUAGUAGUCGGGAUUUUAGCUUGGCUUUAUGGAGAUCCUAGACAUGUUCUUUAUGCAAGAAACUCAACUGGAUGGUUCUGUGGCCUUGGACCAAAUGAAGGCCGACCCCAUGUGUUCUACUUUGACAUUCUCAAAUGUGCCACAUCCGUGAAUAUUAUGGCAACUGCUCUUAAUGGUUUACAGUGUCCAACCACACAGGUGUGCGUGGAAAACUGUCCCACUCAGUUCUGGGCUGUGGAAAUAAAGUCAUACUUUCCAAACGUAAAGCCAGCAAACGUUUUCAAUCAAAGCCUCUGUGUGCCAUCCAUAAACCUGACAAACACUAAGCUGAGUGUUAAAGAAAUUGUGGACAAGGAGCUGUGUCCUUUCUUCUACAUGCCCACGACCUCUGUGCUGGGGAGAUGUUUGCCCGAUAUCGCAGCACUGGGGAGGAUCCCGUCAGAGUUUGCCAAUAUUCCAGGCUUACCGUCCUCAGUCAAUGACACAGUCAGCAUAAUCAAGAAUGGCACUGGGGACAUUGUGAAUGGCUUCAAUGCCAGAGAGAUCGGCGUCCGAAUCUUUGAGGAUUUUGCGUCGUCAUGGCCGUGGAUCCUCGUUGGCCUGCUAAUAGCCAUGGUGGUCAGUAUGCUGUUCCUAUUGCUGUUGAGAUUCACUGCUCCAGUCAUGGUGUGGGUGCUCAUCAUUGGAGUUCUGGGCGCUGGGGCAUAUGGUAUAUGGCACUGCUACUGGGAGUAUGACAACUACAAGAAGGCCUCUGCUACCAUCACUGACAUUGGUUUCACUACCAACUUCAAAGUUUACCUGCAAGUCCAAGAGACCUGGCUGGCCUUCUUGAUAAUCAUAUCUGUAGCGGAGGCGAUCAUUCUCCUGACCAUCAUCUUCCUGCGGACCAGAAUCCUCAUAGCCAUCGCCCUCAUCCAGGAGUCCAGCAAGGCAAUAAGUCACAUGAUGUCCUCUCUGCUGUACCCACUGGUCACCUUUGUCCUCCUGCUGGUGUGUGUUGCUUACUGGGGUGCCACUGCUUUAUAUUUGGCCACUUCAGGAAGCCCAAUCUACAAAGUGGUGGCUCUCAACUCCACUAUGAGCGACUGUAAGAGCGUCAAUGGCUCUGUGGACUGUGACCCUCAGAACUUCACCUCAUCAGAUUACCCAGGCUGCCCCUCAGCCAGCUGCAUCUUCAUCAAAUACAACGACGAGGGUCUUUUCCUGAGGAACCUCUUCAACCUGCAGAUCUACAACGUGGUGGCUUUUCUCUGGUGUGUCAACUUCGUCAUCGCCUUGGGGCAGUGUACACUGGCGGGGGCCUUUGCCUCCUACUACUGGGCCUUCACCAAACCAGACGAUAUCCCCAUGUUCCCACUGUUUGCUAGCUUUAUACGCUCACUCAGGUACCAUGUGGGCUCCUUGGCAUUUGGUGCUUUGAUCCUGACCCUGGUGCAGCUAGUGAGGAUCAUUCUGGAGUACAUUGACCACAAAACAAGAGCGGCGCAGAAUCCAGUUGCACGUUUCAUAUUGUGUUGCAUGAAGUGCUGCUUCUGGUGCCUGGAGAAGUUCAUCAAGUUCCUCAACAGGAACGCGUACAUCAUGAUUGCCAUUUAUGGGAAAAACUUCUGCGUCUCAGCCAAAAAUGCUUUCAUGCUGCUCAUGAGAAAUGUAAUCAGGGUCGUGGUGCUCGAUAAAGUGACAGACCUGCUGUUGUUCUUUGGAAAGCUCCUGGUGGUCGGAGGAGUCGGCGUUUUGUCCUUCUUUUUCUUCUCUGGACGAAUAUUGCUGCCAGGCAACACCUUCCGCUCUGAGACCCUCAACUACUACUGGAUGCCAAUUAUUACGGUGGUGUUUGGUAGCUACCUCAUAGCUCAUGGAUUCUUCAGUGUGUACAACAUGUGUGUCGACACACUCUUCCUCUGCUUCUUGGAGGACUUGGAGCGUAAUGAUGGAUCUCUACAGAAGCCGUACUUUAUGUCCAAAAACCUCAUGAAGAUCCUCAACAAAUCCAACAAAGCACCAAAAAAGGAAAGAGGGAAGGAGUGAAGACCUUUUUACCUCCUGAGUUCCUGAAACAGGAUCUCUAUUUGCAUCUAUUUUUAACACUCCAUCUUUUCCAAAUAAGUUUACUAAAGCUAAUUUGCCAAUUUUGCACUUUAAUUAUUUUAUUUUAUUGUGUAUGUGCAUAUGUAGUAUUAAUGAUGGUACACAUGAAAGGACUGAGCGUGUGAAUGUGAAAUUGUAAGUUGCAGGGUAUCCUACAUGACAUUUCUUAAUUUGUAAAAAGAAUUUUUGGCUCAUAAUGACAAAGUCCCAAAUAUAGUUUUAUUUUAUUUUAAACAAUGUUUCUGUUCAUAUGGCUCAACAUUAACACUGCACAACAUUUCUGCUCCGGACAUUUUAGACUUGUGCGUCACUUAAUCCAGUUAAAUGGCUUUUAAUGUCAGUAAGUUUUAGGCUUUUUCUAUUUUUGCUGAAAAUCUUAGGAGGACUUCCUAAGAUGUCAUUUCUACAAAUGGAACAAAAAAUUUACACAUUUUUUAGAUAUUUGGAAAAAAAAAUAAAAAUUUAUAAAUACAAACUUUUAUGACUGCAAUGUUACUGAUUAUAUUGAAAAUAAUAUAAUAAAGCUGUAAAUGUGACUAUA